AUGAAGCUAUCGCUCUGGGACACCGCUGGGCAAGAAACCUACAAAUCCAUAACCCGGUCCUACUUCCGGGGAGCCUCCGGUGCUCUCCUCGUAUUCGAUAUUACUCGCCCGGCCACAUUUGCUUCAUGUACCCAGUGGCUUGAAGAUUUACGCCAAAUCGCUGAAGAAGGCAUUGUUGUCAUCCUGGUAGGGAACAAGAGUGAUCUUGCGGGAGACGAUGCGGAUUCCAACCAGAGACGGGUCACUAGGCAAGAGGCAGAGGAAUGGUGCCGCAUGAACAAUGUUGUGCGUUACCUUGAGACGAGCGCCAAGUCAGGCGAAGGAGUAGAACGUGCGUUCCUCGAAGUUGCCGAGCGCAUAUACCGGAACAUCGAAAUGGGCAAAUACGACCUUAAUGAUCGCCGCAGUGGAGUAAAGAGCUUUGGUGCUACUGGCGGUGCGAACAACAGAAUGCCCAAGACCGUGACGUUAGGGAUGAAUGAUGCGAUGCGCAAAGGUGGUAAUGGUUUAGGCGGAGGUUGUUGCUAAUUAAAGUUACUACCCCGGAUCUUCACUUCAAGAAUGGCGUAUCUCCGUUUUAGGAUA